AUGGCAGAUGGUGGAAUUAUUUGGAUUCAUUAAAUAUUUGGAAUUAAGAGUCUAAUGAUGACUGUGAAUCCAUUAUUGAUUGUUGGAAAAGCACAGCUGGUUCGCUCAUGUCCUUUAGAGAAGAAAAUUGCCAUCCUUACCUGGUCUGGCAUACAUGUGACUCCACACCCACAACAAUGUGGUGACCUCUUAACGGCCGCCUGAGCAAUUAGAGAUGGGGCAAUAAAUGCUGCCUAGCCAGUGAAGCCCUCAUCCCAUGAAUGAAUAAAGGAAAAAAAAACGACAAUGGCAAAACUAAAGAUUGUCAGAAUCUAGGAACUAAAUUAAAGAAUAGGGCCUCAAGUGUUAUAAUCUCCAGAUUACUGUCAAAGCCAUGUGCAAAUCAGCAUGGGGACGCAAGAAUAAGGGAAGUAAAUGUGUUUAAAAGAGUGGUGCAGGAAAGUGGGGUUCCAUUUUAUAGGGCACUGGCAUCAGUAUUGGAAUAGGAGGGAUCUGUACCAUUGGGACGGUCUCCACCCGAACUGAGCUGGGACUAAUGUUCUUGCGAAAAGAGUAAAUAGGGUGGUCAACAGGACUUUAAAUGGGAAAGUUGGGGGGCAGGUGCGAAAGGGUAAAAUGCCAAGAAGUAAAUUGGCCAAUGGGAAACGGAGGAGCAGGUUAAAAUCUGUGAGGUGGAAUCAACUGCACGGAAAAUAUGAAAAUAAAGGAGAACUCAGGAGAGGCUAUUAAAGUCUCCAGCACACAAAAUAGGACAGACUGUUUGGAAAGGGUUAGAAAUCAAACUUCAGCCAGAGUUUGGUGAAUCUAUGGAAUUCAUUGCCAGAGAAGGCUGUGGAGGCCAGGCCAUUGAGUAUAUUUAAUUUAGGUUCUCGAUUGUCAAGGGGUUCAAGGAUUACAGGGUGUAAGUGGGAGAAUGGAGUUGAGAAACUUAUCAGCCAUUAUUGAGUGGCAGAACAGACUUGAUGGCCCGAAUGGCCUAUUUUCUGCUCUUGUGUCUUAUGGUAAUAACAACCUCAACGUGACAGCCCAAAUCAAACUUUUUUUAAUAGUUCACCCAAGAACCUGUCGGCCAUGUGAUCAGAGGUAGUAGGCGUCUUCUAGGUUAUUGUGUUGUAUGUGCAUAUCACAAACACAUCUAUUCCUGUCCGUAUUUACAAACGUUCCAUCUGAGACAUGGGUUAUAAUCAGACCUGGGAACUGUACCAGUGCUAAAUAUUUGUCUUGGGUCCCUAAUCAAUAAAUAGAGGUCAGGAAUCAAAUCUGGGACUAUACUGCUGUAUAUAUCUCAGUGCGAUAUUUAGUUACUGGUCAAUAAUUGGGCCAGAUCUUCUAGUUUUUGAAUCGGUGAGUGGGUUUGUGACGGAAUAAGAACAUAGGAAACUUUUUACAGUCCUGUCAAGCAUACCUAUACGGAAGUAGCUUGGAAAGUUUGUGGCAAUUCCAUUGGCUCUGGGAGCCUGGCUGAUCAUCUCUGACUCCGAGUUGGCAUCAGAACCUUAAGACAGUUCUGUAGUACUUGCAUGAAUAGUUACGCAUUAAAUGAUUUAGAUUUAAAUCUGGUAUAAUACUUUGAAAAAUCACAGUUGACCUAAUUCAACGACCACACGCGCACGCGGGCAGGCAGACACGAGUUGAAUAAUGCAGGAAAAUGUCUUAACAGUGCAAAAUUGCUAGCUGUACUAGAAUUUGGUCUAAUGUUCUUUUAGUUCUCUAAUUCUGGUCUUUUAUGUGUUGCCUCUGAGUUUGGUAACAGGACCUUCAACCACUUCAGUUAUUUGGGAACAUAUGAACAUCCUCUCAAAUCUUUUUAAAGCCAUCUUAAAACACCCUUCUGCAAUCAAGCUGCAGGUCAAUUUCUAUAACACUCCUCAAAGGAGUAUGGAAUCUCUAUCCAAAUGUGGCUCCGUAGGAAAUCCACUUUCAAGCUUGGAAAACAUUUCGUUUACUUCUGUUGCUGUUCAACAGAAGGCAGUGCCUCAUGUGACAACCACUGAAUCAAGAAACAAUGAUGAGGCUAAUGGGAUGAGCCUGGCUGCCAACAGCAAAGCUAUAGUUUUGGCUUUGAAAAAUCUUCAGGAGAAGAUUCGGUGUUUAGAAGUGGAACGUGCUGAAGCUGAAAAGAAAGUACAAAGUCUGAGCUAUGAAUGCAGUCAGUACAAACAUAUACCAGAGCAAGGAAAGAAAAAUAACACCAGAAUUGAAAAGGGAGCAUCUGAUGAACUUGCUGUUCAGCUGGCAAAUGUUGAAGACCGUUGCUCACUUUUGGAGAAACAGCUAGAAUACUUGAGGACGAUGGUGGACCAUACAAAAACUGAGAAAAACAUUUUAUUGGAGAAACAGACCUCACUGCAGAUGGAUAGGCACUGGAACCAUGCAGAACUGCAAUCAAAGCUUGAAAAACUGGAAAUCCUAGAACAAGAGUGUCUAAAGGUCAACGCAACACAGACCAGAGCUGAAAAGAAAAUUUAUGAACUGGAACAGAAACUUCAGGAAGAAGAACAUCAGCGUAAGCUUAUACAAGAUAAAGCAGCUCAGCUUCAGACUGGACUUGAAAUAAACAGAAUACUUUUGGGAUCAUGCUCUGUAAAGAAAAAAAAGAAAAUCAAGAAAAGGAAAGACAUUAUGAAGAAUGAGAUGAGAGGAGAAAACUCUUGCUCGCCUCAUGUUUUGUCAAGCCGUGCAGAAUUUCCAUUUGUUGCUGGCACAUCUGUUAGUUCCAGUCAUUCUGUCACAGCAAACAUACAAAAUGUUUUCCAUCUGAUGAAGCAUUAUAACAAAAUGGCGUUUGAUGGAAGACAGAAACUUCCUGUUCAGAAGACACUUAAGAAUCGACAAAAAGUAACUUGUGCUACUGGCAGAGUGAAGAAAAGGGAUCUCCAAUUUGUUUCCUGUCCCUUAUCCUCUUCACCAACAGAGCUUUCUGAGCUUCUUUUAGCGUUGCAAGAUGAGCUGGGCCAAAUGAGUUUUGAGCAUCAAGACCUGCUAAAACAAAUACAAGGUACCAAAAAUAUUGAUGUCCGUGAAGAUUUAGAACGUGAACUUGAGUGUCUGGUAAAACGGAUGGAGAAGAAAGGGGAUCAAAUUUCUAAACUCAAAAAGCACCAGGGUGAUGUUGAGAAAUUGAAGGUAAAAGCGAAAGAAAUUAAGAGGGAGAUGUCUGACACUAAAAAACGAACAAAAGCUUUGGAUGAAAUGAAGGAAGUGCCAGUACCCAAGGGAACAGAAUUUUCAGUCAAAACAACUUGUGCUGCUGCCCAGAAAGGAAAAGAGAGCCUUCAGCUGCUUAGGAAUGCACAGAAACUGCAGCUCUCUCUGAGGCAAAAUGACAUCACAUGGGAACAGUGAUUACUGGUUCAGAAGGCAAUGUCUGUAAAUUUGACUCUGAAUUUAAUUACUAACUUACUGUAGAGUAACUUAAUGAAUCUACACAUUUUAAUUGUGUUUUAAUGUGAUGCUCGUUGCUUUGAAACUGACUUGAGGCACUGCUGAUGAUCACAUGGGGUAAUGUACCUGAAUUUCAACAUGGUUUUCUUAAUUCCUAUUUUUCGCCUAUUGAAAUAAUUUACAAUGUGCAUUUUGUGCAGCACCGUCCUUGUUGGGAGAUAGUUUGGGAUUGUCACUAACCUUUUGUAUGUGUAUGGGUUACUUUUGUAUUCAAAUUAAUAAAACCUCUUGGUCACUUAUUGUGUCCUGCUUUCACUAUC